AUGGCUCAUAACAAAAUAUAUUUCGUUGUGUUAACAACUGCUCUGCUUGCAGUUCACAUGAUUCUGGCUGAAGAUGGAGAGGAUACUGAAGAGAGACGAUUCCGGUGGCCAAGCUCAAUUAGUAUCGGAAUUCAACGGGCACAGGACAUCUUACAUCACGAGGAAAGAUUGGAAAGAUCGCUGCCAUCUCUUCCUUUUCUACCAAAUUUAGGUUCCUGCAAUUAUAAUUCUGAACCUGGACUCUCAUGUGCCGACUGUAGUAAUGCAAGGUUGUGUUUACCAAAUAACGUGAGCAUCACAACCAAUUGCGGGGUACUUCUUCCCAACUGCAAUGGAGGUCUUUGUUCCUCUACCCCCAACAGGAACUGCUCCGAAAACAGCACGUAA